GAUUUUCAUAGAAAAAGCUGUCAAUGUAAAAGCUGCAGUCCUUCAAUAAAUUUAUUUAUUAUUCCUUUUUAACUUAAAAAAUAUUAAAAAAAAAACUCAAUCCAAUCCAAAAUGAGUAUUCGCAGUCUGAAAGCAUUUAAUGUUCAACUAUGCAGGCAUGCAUAUGUAUUGGCUAGUAAGCAAGUGCGAAUCCUAUCCUAUCCUAUGUUAAUGCCGGCACAAGAUUCCCAAAAACGUGAAGCUCACAACAAUUUGUUUCAAAUGGUAAAAAAGCGGACAAUUGAAGCUAGAACCAAAACUCAAACAAAUAAUUUCCCUAAUAAUAAACCAGUUUUCAAAAAUGAAUCGUCUGGCUCUAAUUUGGCUUCUUCAGAAUCUAAUCCCAGCUGCACCAUAUCCAAAUCCUUGAGUACAUCCACUAAAGUGUCUCCCUUCUUAAAGCCAGAUUCCUCAAAAAAACUAGAUGAACCUAGAAAAAGUGGAUACGCAAGCAAACCGUCUUACAAUGCGGAAAUUCUGAAAGCCCCAAAUUGUUUAGGAGUAACGAAGAGCGGUCUGGCUGCGAAAGCUGGGGGUGACUCUGAUUAUUGUAGAAGACCUCUUCCACAGGACAGAUCACCAGAAAGACCUAUGGUUCCUAUUGGUCAGGGUGGUUACAGUGGUUGUCGGCCACCAAAAGGCCAGGAUCCAUCUGAAAAAUCCUUAACGUCUGAAACUUCUCGCGAUGGAGCAUCAAAGGGGUCCUCGGGCCCGUAUGGUGAUGGAGGAAAAGAUAGUAUGGACAACUAUUGGAAAAUUCUCGCAGCUGUCCUUGCAGCUUUAGGUCUAGGUGGUCUGGCAUGGUGGUUACUUAGGCGCCGUCCUACAUCGCAAGUUUCUGAAAGCGGACCUACCCUUUUGAGAUCCUCAGACUUACCAAAGCAUGUACCAUAUUUACUUAUAGGUGGCGGCACUGCAGCCUUUUCAGCGUUUCGCGCAAUUAAAGCUAAUGAUGCUAAAGCGAAGGUUUUGAUGAUUACAGAUGAAUAUCGAAAACCAUAUAUGCGGCCACCUCUCUCUAAAGAGCUUUGGUAUUCGGCUGGACCGUCAGAAGUGACUAAAGAUUAUCGUUUUAAACAGUGGACGGGGACGGAGAGAAGUUUGUUUUUUGAACCGGAAGAAUUUUUCAUUUCUCCUACGAAAUUGAUGGACAAUCCGAACGGUGGCAUUGCAGUGGCCCAUGGUUUUACUGUAAAAAAAGUUGAUCCUAGUAGCAAAAAGGUUAUUCUUACUGAUGGUUAUGAAAUAUUUUAUGACGAAUGUCUUAUAGCCACAGGAUGCAGUCCGAAAAAUUUGCCUAUAUUCUUGGAUGCGCCUUCACCUAUUAAAGAGAAAGUUAUGUUAUACCGUACACCCGACGAUUUUGAAAAAUUAAAACGUUAUGUAGAUGCAAAAAAAAAUGUAACCAUUAUUGGUAACGGCUUCAUAGGCAGUGAAUUAGCUUGUUCAUUGGCAAAUUACAGGAAAUCUGCGGGAUCACGCAUUUUCCAAAUAUUUCCCGAGUCUGGUAAUAUGUCUAAAGUUUUGCCGGAUUACCUGAGCAAAUGGACUAUGCAGAAAGUGGAGUCGCAAGGUGUGUGCGUGCUGCCAAAUGCUUCCGUAGUGGAUAUCAAACGGGAUAAUUGCUCACUAAAGUUAAUACUUAGCACGGGGGACACUAUUAUAACUGAUGUGGUAUGUGUGUGUGUAGGUUGUGAGGCGAACAUAAACAUAGCCAAAUCAUCCGGUUUAGAAGUAGAUAGAAUGCUGGGUGGUUUUGUUGUGAAUGCGGAACUUGAGGCCCGGCGGAACCUUUUUGUAGCUGGAGAUGCAUCGUGCUUCUACGAUCCUCUUCUUGGCAGAAGGCGUGUUGAACAUCACGACCAUUCCAUCGUAUCGGGACGCUUGGCUGGCGAGAAUAUGGUAGGCAAAAAAAACGCCUACAUACACCAAAGUAUGUUCUGGUCAGACUUGGGACCCGAAAUCGGUUACGAAGGUAUUGGUCUAGUUGAUUCGUCAUUGCCAACUGUCGGUGUAUUCGCUUUGCCUAAUAAAGUAGAUAGGAGAACGGAUAAUUUAACGGAAUCUCGCGAAAAAGAAGUCGAAAAACCUUUGAACGAGAAGGAUUUACCUGAUGUAAAAUGCGAUAUUGAUAAUGCGGAUAAUUACGGACGUGGGGUGAUAUUCUAUCUGAAGGAAGACAAAAUUGUGGGUAUUUUACUUUGGAAUCUUUUCAACCGUAUCGGCUUAGCCCGAACGAUUAUUAACCAGAACCGGAUUUACGACGAUUUGAAUGAGGUCGCGAAACUCUUCGAAAUUCAUUCGUAGAAUUAAUGUAAAUUUUUAUUGUAAAAUGUACUCUGAUUAGAUAGAAAUGUUUUUAUUCUGUUUGUUAGUUAAUGCUUGCGAUAAAAUUGAGAACGUGUUGUUAAUUCAAGAAAAACAUACAGACUAUCCAUUUUUCGUUUGGAUAUUGUCAGUGUGUGUGCGUCAUGGCUGUACAUUCAUUAUUUGUAAAUUCUAAAUAAAUUUUAUUAUUUAGUUUUCUAAA